GAUGAAGAACCUGCUUUAACAUCCAAAAGAAAGAGAAGAAUGAACUUCGCAGUUAAGGAUAUGUUCCAUGAUGAAGCUUCAGUUGACGAGGAUGAUGAAGAAGAAGAUGAAGAAUAUGAUGAUGAUGGAGAACUUAUUGGUCCGGAAGAUGAAGAAGCAUUGGAUGCUGUACCUGCAGCUCGAGAAUUAGAUUCUCGUCGAAGAAUACGUGAGAUCAUGGAUCAAGAUGAAGAGGAAAUAGAAAGAUAUUAUCAAGAGCGUUAUGAAAAUCAAAAUUAUGUUGAUCGUUUUGGUGAUGGUGAGGCUAUGGCUGAUAGUAUUGUUCAAAAAGAGCGUCUUCCAGGUAUUAAAGAUCCUAAUCUCUGGGCACUUCGAUGUAAAAUGGGUGAAGAAAAAGCUACUGUACUUGCACUAAUGCGUAAAUUUAUAGCCUAUCAAUUUUCUGACACUCCAUUACAAAUUAAAUCAGCCUUUGCAAAAGAAGGUCUGAAGGGUUAUAUUUACGUUGAAGCUUUCAAGCAAACUCAUGUGAAACAAGCUAUAGAUGGUAUAACAGCUUUACGACUUUCUACCUAUAAACAACAACUUGUUCCAAUUGAAGAAAUGACAGAAGUUGUACGCGUUGUCAAAGAAACUGGUCAACUUAAACCUGACCAAUGGGUUCGGAUUAAAUCUGGACUUUAUCGUGAUGAUUUAGCAUUGGUUGAAUAUGUUGAAGAUGCACAAAAUUUAGUCGGUCUUAAAUUAGUUCCACGAAUUGAUUAUGAACGUAAACGUAAUCGUGGUAUGGAUUUAGAAAAUGAUAUCAAUAAUAAUAAUAAUAUUACUAAGUUUAAACGUUUCAAACGUCCAGCUCCAGCGUUAUUCAAUGCAUCGAAAUUAGCUGAUCGUAUACAACGUGAUGGUUCGUCGAUGAUUUUCGAGGGGAAUCGUUAUGAUGCUGAUGGUUUCUUGCAUAAACAAUUUCGUAUUAAUGCUGUGUUUACCGAAGGUAUUCGACCGACAUUAGCUGAAUUAGAACGAUUUCAUCAUACUCCUGAUAGUUUACAAAUAGCCGCUGCCGCUGCUAAUGCUGCAGCAAAUUUAACUUCAACUAUUAGUACAGAAAUUGCAUUGAAUCAUUGUUUUACUCCAGGUGAUAUUGUUGAAGUAUGCGAAGGUGAUUUAAAAAAUCUACGCGGUAAAAUUGUAUCAAUUGAAAGUAAUCAUCGAAUAAUUGUACAACCAAAUCAUUCGGAUUUAAAAGAACCAAUACCAUUUACACCAGUGGAAUUAAGAAAAUUUUUUAAUCAAGGUGAUCAUGUUAAGGUUCUCAAUGGUCGACAUGUCAAUGAAACUGGUUUAGUAAUACGUUUUGAUCCUAGUUUAGCUGUUGUUUUAUCCGACCAUAGUAUGAAUGAAAUGAAAAUUGCACCGAAAGAUUUACGUUUAUGGCAAGAUCGUGCUACCACGGUGGAAUCAUCAGGUCAUAUACAAUUGAUGGAUUUAGUACAAAUUGAUCCACAAACUGUUGGUGUUGUUGUUCAUGUAGAACGUGAUCAAAUCUCUGUAUUAACAUGUUUUGGUAAAGUAGUAAAUUUAAAAUCUAAUACAGCAUUACGUCGUUUAAUGAAUACAAUGCGUGGUCGACCACCACAAGCAUUAGAUCGUAAUGGUAAUUCAAUACAAUUAAAACAAACUGUACGUUUAUUAGAAAAACCAUAUUAUGGUUUAAUUGGUGAAGUGAAACAUUUAUAUCGUUCAUGGGCAUUUAUUUAUUGUCGUACACAUUUAGAAAAUGCUGGUCUUGUUGUAGUGAAAACACGUCAACUUUCAGCGUUGACUACUUCACAAAAUGCUAAUGAGCAGAAUAAUAAUGUUGAAAAUAAUGGUAUUCGAAUGAAAACAAUCACACCGAUUAAUGGAACAAGAAACUUUGGUGGUGGUGGUGGUGGUGCUGGUGGUGCUGGCGGUAAUUCAGAAGGUGGACGUGGUAGAGGUAAUCGUAAUGAACGUCAAUUAGUUGGUAGGACAGCUUUAAUUGUUAAGGGUACAUUAAAAGGUUUAUUGGGUAUUAUAUGCGAUGCAACACCAACACAUGUUGUACUAGAAUUACAUAGUCAAUUUAAAAAAGUACCAGUUGCACGUGAAAAUAUGGCUCUGCUAGAUAGUGGUGGUCGUAUUAUGGAUACACAAUAUGGUGCUACUACACCACGUACUACUAUGAUUACACCAAUGCGUGAAAUGCGUACACCACAGUUGGCAUAUGGUGCUCAAACACCUCAUGCAGCAAGUACAACACCUCGUGGUGAUAGUACACCUUUACCGAGUGCAUUCAAUGCUGGUAUGGCUACACCGAAAAUUAGUAAUCUUGAUGAACCAAUGACUCCAAGUUCUAGCUUUCUAUGGACUUCAAAUGAUUUGCAUCGUAUGUCAACUUCAAGUACUCAUUCAUUGUCCGAUACUGAAUAGAAGGAACACACUAUAAUUAUACUUCCAACAAUAGUAUGCUGCUUUAAACUCUAAUAAGAAUAAUUCAUAUUCAUUUCCACACUUCACUUAGUGUCUGUGAUGAUCAAAGAACAAUUACAACUAUAACUACUGUCCAAUGAUUGAUUACCUAUGAUGAUGAUGAUGUGAUGUUUGGGGUGUGUAUUAUUACAUAACUUAUAAAAUAAAAAAAUUUACUGAAAAUUUACUUGUAAUUGAAUAAAUAUUGUCACCCUGUCUGUUAUGGUUUUCAUUAAAAAA